AUGUCUACAUGCGACGAAAUACUAGAAGACCGCUCAGAUUUUAAUUCAUCAUAUGCCUCACCCAGUCCCUCACCUGCUCGAGGGAUAUAUGGUGCGUCAAGUAUUAUAGCUCUUAGUUUUGCAUUAUUUAUUUGUUCUUGGUUCACUUUGACACUAUAUCUUAUUUGGGCUUUCAUCCCUACACCGUAUCUGGAAUCAAUAUAUUGGACUUACGUACCUGCAAACUGGUAUAUGUUGUUUAAGAGCAUAAUAAUCUACGAGUAUAUUGGCAUGUUGGGCAAAUUUUUUGAAACCGUUGAGCUGUUUUCAUUUUCUUUGGUGCUCAUACGGUAUCGUACUCAGCCAUUCUCUCAACGUUUGAGACGAAAAUCACAUAUUUCUCCAAAAAUUCCGUCGCAUACACCUUCAGUUGCACAAAUAAGUGAUCUGAUUCAGACACGAUUAGAAAUUCGUUUAAAGCAGAAUCAAGAGUCUACUCCAGUAACUGUUGAUUCAUUAUCUGCCAGUAGAUAUCUGAAGAUAAAUGCUGAUAAAUAUGCUACGAUUGUUGCGCAACAAGAAGUCAUGAAAAGUAACGACGAACAAAGAAAUUUAGGAUCAAUUCCUGGAAGGGAAAGUGGUCAACAAGAAAAGGAUGAUCUUCCAUUAGCUGGUUCAUUUUUGUUGAAGGCUGAUUUUAACAUUUCGAAUAGUGCUGUCGAAGAUUCUCUACCAUUAUCAAAACCUGGAUUUGAUCGUGGUUUUUAUGUUUGCGGUGACAAAAUUGUUGACGAAUUCGUUGUUGGUUCUACUUUUGAUAUUCCUGGCGGAGAAUUAGAAAACGUCGAUUGUGCAGAAGUAGUUCGUUAUGGUUCUGAAGACGCUGUUGAGGAAAUUGAUUUUCAACUUCCGAUGCAAAGUACUGACCCAAAAUGUAAUGACGUUGAUGAUGAAAUUUUUGAUGAUUAUGGUUCAGUUGAUUCAUCAGUUCCCAUUUCAAAUAAACGUUGUUGUUCUUGUGGGGCGAAUUUCCAUUGUCAGGACGCUUCUCUUCCUGGUUUUUUGCCUGCAGAAAUUUUUUUGAAACUUAAUGAUUAUAAGGAUCAAAUAUGUCGUAGGUGUUAUAUGUUGAAAAAACACAACUUCUUGUUGAAUGUUAAUGUUUGUGAAGUGGAUUAUCGGUCAAUGAUGGAACAUUUAAAACUAAAGCAGGAAGCGUUGAUAAUAUUCGUUGUAGACAUGACUGAUUUUCCUGGAUCCAUUUAUUCUGAAUUACCGCAGAUAAUCGGGUAUCAGAAACCAAUGAUUGUUGUUGGAAAUAAAGUUGAUCUUCUACCACCGGAUGCCCGACCUGGUUUUUUGCGGCAUUAUCGACAAGUUCUGUUUGCUGAACUGCAAAAAGCAGGAUUCAGUAGGAAUUUCAAUAUCUUGAAUAUAUCUUUGAUUAGUGCAAAAACAGGAUAUGGUGUAGAAAGUCUCGUAACUAAUAUCUUCUUGAAGUUUUCAACUCGGGAAACUUUACGAAAUGAUAUGUAUUUGGUGGGAUGUACAAAUGCAGGCAAAUCGACACUUUUUAAUGCAUUAUUGCAAUCUGAUCUUUGUAAAGUACGUGCAGUGGAUCUUGUAGAGCGUGCGGCUGUAACACCUUGGCCUGGUACUACUGUUUCCUUGCUGAAAUUUCCAGUUAUGAAUCCCACGCCCCACAAAUUGGAGAUUAGACGACGGAGAUUGUUAUCGAAUCAAGCAUGGCAGAAGAAAGAAGCUUGCAUGCGGCACAAUUUAUACAUGCAAACUGGUGAUAUAAAAUAUGCUACUUUGCAAGCUACUAUAGAAAAUUCUUUCAAAGACCGUGAACGAGAAUUACAACCUCCUUCUCUACAUUCUGUAUUUGUUGGUUCGGAAGAAACUUCGAAGUCAAAGCGAGUAUUUGACCCUCAUUCAAUGAUUUUUGCAAAAGGAAAGUGGUGUUACGAUACUCCUGGAACCGUUAGUUCAGAUCAGAUUCUUAAUUUGUUUACACUGGACGAACUAGUCUUGCUUUUACCUCGAAAAAUGGUUUUGCCUCGAACAUUUAUUCUGCAUCCUGAGGAAUCUAUUCUUCUUGGUGGUGUUGCGCAGAUUGAUGUCGUCAGUUUACCAGUAAUCUCGCAAUCUCUGUCAGGAAAAGAUCAUCCAGAACGACGCUCAGGCGCUCUACUUACGGUAUUUGCUAGUGAACGAUUGCCAAUUUUUGUAAAAAAGACGCCAGAAUGCUCUUCUUUUCGUAAAAAAUAUUUGGGUAGCCAACUUCUUGUUAUUCCUAGUGGAAGUGCAGAAAGAAUAGCUCGAUUUCCUGAUCUGAAAGGUAGUGAAUUGCUUUUGAAGAGCUCUGGCUCAUGGAAAGGUUGCGGAGAUGUCGUACUUUCCUCUUUAGGUUGGGUUUGUGUUACAGCUCGACGAGGAGAAGUACGUCUUCAAGCCCAUACUCCUGAAGGGCGCGGUUUAUUCCUACGUCAGCCAGCUCUAUUGCCAUUCUGUGCAGAACUUCGAGGGUCACGAAUUGGGGGAACAGCUGCAUAUAAAGUGAAAAGGCCGACGCUGCCGAAUAUGGAAAAAAAGUCAAGUAAGAAGAAAGUAUGGUCUCUCUCGAAAGUACGCUCAAAAAUGGUAAAUUUGUUUUAA